AGUAACAACUCAUGUCCGCUUAGCCGAGAUUAUACGUUUAACUGGACACGUUGCAUGUGUAAUGUCAAGAUGUCCUAUCUGUCAUAUGCAUCUUUAUAAAAUUAUAUCAGUAUACAUAAGUGUGUGUCAAUGUAUUAGCAUGGAGAAACUUAUUUUAAUAACGUUACAUGUAUCGUCUGCUGGCCAGUGAUGAAAGCGACAUUCGCUUGCACACGUAACAUGUAAGAUACAGAUGUAGUGUCGUUUCAUUUUAAAGAUGCCUUCCUCACAGAAAAGGUUUAGUUUUUGCGAUGUUUACCGAACUCGAGCAUGACAGCAGAAUGAGUCAGAAGAAUGCGAGUCCGAUGAGAGCUUUUGGGUUUUAGGGCUGUCAUCUGUCUAUUGACAUCAUUGUCCUUUUGCCCUCGAUCUUAACGAGUCUAUGUUCACUGGGUGCAUCAUAAAUAAAGAUCAUAAAUGAUUCCUCGGCCGUAUAAGCGCAUAAUGGAAUCAGUUGAUUUCAUUACGUCAGUAGGGAAGAGGAAUCCCGGGGUGCCAGUAAGCGAUCUUGCGCAAGACAUCAUAACAAGAGGCCGAUUGUAAAAGCCAAACCGCAUGAAGAAGAGCCAUCACCCCGUGAAACACUUGAGAUAGUCUCGGGGAGCGAAUGACGGCGUUUUUAAACAAGGUGUGCCUACCACAAAAGUUCAACUAAACUUACAAAGUUAUAUACAACCACCUAAUACCAAACGCUGGCGUGUAGAGAGGAAGUUUGGAGGGCAAGAGAGAGCAAAAGAGUUAUAAAUCUCUGCUGGAGGACCCCAUGCUGCGCUUCUCAGGACUCUAUCAGGAGAGCUGCUCUGACCUCUACGUCACCUGUCAGGUGUUUGCUGAGGGCAAACCUCUCGCCCUGCCCGUACGGACCUCCUACAAGGCCUUCAGCACUCGCUGGAAUUGGAAUGAGUGGCUUAAGUUGCCAGUGAAGUACCCUGACCUGCCUCAGAGUGCCCAGGUGGCUCUAACUGUGUGGGAUGUGUAUGGACCCGGCCGUGCCACACCUGUUGGGGGAACUACAGUCACUCUGUUUGGGAAAUAUGGAAUGUUCCGGCAAGGUAUGCACGAUCUGAAGGUGUGGCCAGGCGUAGAGGGUGACGGCUGUGAGCCCACUAAUACGCCAGGAAGGACCAGCAGCACUCUGGCAGAAGACCAGAUGGGCCGUCUGGCUAAGCUAACAAAGGCUCAUCGUCAGGGUCACAUGGUUAAAGUAGACUGGCUGGAUCGCUUGACGUUCAGAGAGAUUGAGAUGAUCAAUGAGAGUGAAAAACGUAGUUCUAAUUUCAUGUACCUGAUGGUGGAAUUCCCCCGGGUCAAAAGUGGAGAGCGAGAAUACAGCAUCGUCUAUUAUGAAAAGGAUGCAGAUGAUUCCUCCCCAUUGCCAACCAGUUCAGAUAUUGUAAAAGUUCCCGACCCUCAGAUGUGCAUGGAGAACCUUGUAGAGAGUAAACACCAUAAACUGGCCCGUAGGUUACGAAGUGGACCAUCCGACCACGAUCUCAAACCUAACGCGGCCACACGAGAUCAACUCAAUAUCAUAGUGAGCUACCCACCCACUAAACAGCUGAGCUCAGAGGAACAGGACCUUGUGUGGAAGUUCAGAUACUACCUCACCACACAGGAGAAGGCCUUGACAAAGUUCCUGAAGUGUGUGAACUGGGAUCUGCCCCAGGAGGCCAAACAGGCCCUGGAGUUACUGGGAAAGUGGAGGCCGAUGGAUGUGGAGGACUCCCUGGAGCUGUUGUCCUCUCAGUUCACCAACCCCACAGUCAGACGCUACGCUGUUGCGAGGCUGCAGCAGGCUGACGAUGAGGAUCUUUUAAUGUACUUACUACAGCUGGUGCAGGCGUUGAAAUAUGAAAACUUCAAUGAUAUCCAGGGUGGUUUGGAGCCUGCCAGUAAGAGAGACAGCCAGGGGGAUCUGGGAGAGAGUUCAACGCUAGGUGAUCUGGACAGUUCACAGAUGGUGCCUGCUAUCACAGCGACGCCCAGCUCACAGAAAGGCAAAGAGGGAGCAGAUGCUGAGAAUCUGGAGCAAGAUCUGUGCACCUUUCUCAUAUCACGUGCCUGCAAGAACUCAACACUGGCAAACUAUUUGUAUUGGUAUGUAAUUGUGGAGUGUGAGGAUCAGGACACGCAGCAGAGAGACCCAAAGACCCAUGACAUGUAUCUCAAUGUAAUGAGGAGGUUCAGUCAGGCUCUGCUCAAGGGCGAUAAGAGCGUGAGAGUGAUGCGCUCCCUGCUGGCCUCUCAGCAGACUUUUGUAGACAGACUAGUGCAACUCAUGAAGGCUGUUCAGCGAGAGAGCGGAAACCGCAAGAAGAAGACGGAGCGGUUGCAGGGUCUGUUGGCUGAUAAUGAGAAGGUGAAUCUGUCGGAGAUCGAGCCCAUUCCCCUCCCACUGGAACCUCAGAUCCGCAUCAAAGGCAUCAUACCUGAGACUGCCACGCUCUUUAAGAGUGCUCUGAUGCCAGCUAAGCUCAUCUUUAAGACAGAGGAUGGGGAGCAGUAUCCUGUCAUCUUUAAACAUGGAGAUGACCUGAGACAGGACCAGCUCAUCCUGCAGAUUAUUUCACUCAUGGACAAGCUUCUGAGAAAAGAGAAUCUGGACCUAAAAUUAACACCAUACAAAGUUCUGGCGACCAGCACCAAACACGGUUUUAUGCAGUUUGUGCAGUCAGUGCCUGUGGCUGAAGUUUUGGCCACUGAAGGCAACAUUCAGAGUUUCUUUCGGAAACAUGCUCCAAAUGACAAGGGCCCAUACGGCAUCAGCUCUGAAGUCAUGGACACAUAUGUUAAAAGCUGUGCGGGCUAUUGUGUCAUCACCUAUAUUCUGGGAGUGGGAGACAGACAUCUAGACAACCUGCUUCUCACUAAGACUGGGAAGCUGUUUCAUAUAGAUUUUGGAUAUAUUCUGGGCCGUGACCCUAAACCUCUGCCACCACCCAUGAAACUGAGCAAGGAGAUGGUGGAAGGGAUGGGGGGAAUGCAGAGUGAACAAUACCAGGAGUUCAGGAAACAGUGUUACACUGCAUUCCUACACCUGCGCAGAUAUUCCAAUCUUAUUCUAAAUUUGUUCUCUCUGAUGGUGGAUGCUAAUAUUCCAGACAUUGCACUUGAGCCUGACAAAACCGUAAAGAAGGUUCAGGACAAGUUCCGAUUGGACCUCUCGGAUGAGGAGGCGGUGCAUUACAUGCAGAGUCUGAUUGAUGAGAGUGUAGGGGCGCUGUUUGCUGCUGUGGUUGAGCAGAUACACAAAUUUGCACAGUAUUGGCGCAGAUGAGGUGGAGGCUGGUUCUCACAAUGCACGACAGACGGAUGGACCGCAAACACAAGUGAACGAUGGAGAAGAGAUGGACAGGUGCCAAGGCCACGCUUGUGAUGUUGUGUACUCACAAAGUCUCAACUGUAAAAAUCGAAAUACCUUUGUAUAUAUUAUUUAAAAUUGUAAUAAUUCACUUCAUGUAAAAAGACAGCCAAAUAAAUAUUCAAACUUUAGCA